AUGUCCUUGAAUGACCGGGAGAAAUCCCAGUUACGAAGUGCGCUGCAAGAGGCCGUAGUCAAGUGCUCCGAAAGAUGCCUUUACCAGUCGUCGAAAUGGGCUGCCGAACUCCUCAAUGCCAUCCCCGAAGCAGAACCGUCUCUUGAUGACUCGCGGCUCUCCGAUGUCUCGAGUGCGUACGCUUCGACUGUGGUGGCCCCGAAUGUAGACCCAGAGGAGGCUAUCCUAGAAGCAAAUGAGUUUAGCAAGUAUCUACUCGCCAAGUCUUUAUUCGAUUGUCGAGAAUACGAUCGCUGUGCCGCUGUCUUCUUACCUGAGACCACUUUGACCAGCAUCAUCUCCCCAAAGGAGACGAACGCCACCCCAAAGGGCAAGGGCAAGGGAAAGGGUAAGGCUACCACCAGUACUACUAAGCAAAAAAAUGGCCAGGCCAUUCCAAAAAUCAGCCAACGCAGUUUGUUCCUUUCCCUCUACGCCAAGUUUCUAUCUGGCGAGAAGCGAAAGGACGAAGACGCCGAAAUGGUCAUGGGCCCCCAGGAUCUCGGUACUUGUAAAAAUAAGCAACUGACCACUGUCAGUCGAGUGCUUGACACGUGGUUCGAAAAUCGCAAGACAGAAGACGGCCAAGAGACAGAAGGUCAGGGUUGGCUGGAGUACCUUUACGGGAUGGUUCUUGCUAAGGAAAAGAACGAUGAGUCAGCCCUCUAUUAUCUCGUCCGAAGUGUGCAUCUAUUUCCCAUGAACUGGGGCUGCUGGUUAGAGAUGACCUCUCUUAUAACGCGGGUUGACGAUCUGAACCGGGUGAUGGCUCGUUUACCGCAGAAUAUUGUAUCGUUCAUGUUUCAUAUACAUACAUCCCUCGAGCUUUACCAGCACGAUGCUAAUCUUGCCAACUCUCUCGACCAACUUCUCAACAUCUUCCCGUGCUCUUCGUUUUUAAUGACAUGCAAUGCUCUCCUCUUGUACCAUGCAAAAGACUUGGUGGCUGCGGAGCAGAGCUUUAGCCAUCUCCUCUCGCUUCACCCUUACCGGCUUGAUUCACUCGACCAUUACUCCAAUAUUCUUUACGUUAUGAACGCGAGACCCAAGUUAGCGUUCUUGGCACAUCUUUGUAGCAAUGUCGAUAAAUUCCGCCCCGAGUCCUGCGUGGUUAUUGGAAACUACUACUCACUCCUGUCUCUCCACGAAAAGGCAGUUCAAUACUUCAGACGAGCGCUAACAUUAGAUCGCGCUUGUCUCUCCGCUUGGACCCUCAUGGGCCAUGAGUAUGUGGAGUUGAAAAAUACUCAUGCAGCUAUUGAGUCGUAUAGGCGAGCGGUAGAUGUUAACCGUAGAGAUUACCGCGCCUGGUAUGGAUUAGGCCAGACAUAUGAGAUGUUGGAGAUGCAUGCUUAUGCCCUCUGGUACUACAAGAAAGCAGCGGGACUAAGACCCUGGGACGGCAAGAUGUGGCUAGCAGUCGGUUCUUGUCUUCAGCGCAUGGGAAGAAAUCAUGAUGGUAUCAAGGCCCUUAAACGUGCUCUGCUGGCUGAUAGUUUCUAUGAGGCAGGGAGUAGCUUUGAGAGCACUUCCGAUACCAUGCGCGGGGAUCCAGAAAUACUGCUACAAAUCGCUGGCAUGUACGAUACACUGGGCGAAGUUGAGGACGCCAAGGCAUACAUGGAGAUGUGUGUUGCACAGGAAGUUGGCCUGGCAGGUGAGAGCCAAGCUGAGAGCAUCGCUAUACACCAUGAUUCGCCUGGAGGGGGUUCUGAUGACGAUGGAGAUGAAGCUGGGCGUGGGACAGGCACCGAGGGCACAGGAGUCACAGCCGCCACUAGUAAGGCGAGGAUGUGGCUUGCACGUUUCGCUAUGAGAACAGAAGAUUACGUGACUGCGGGUCGCCUGGCGAAUGAAUUAUGUCAAGAUGGCGUUGAGGUCGAGGAGGCCAAAGCACUUAUUCGAGAAGUUCGGUCCAGAAUGGAGUCUACGGGUGGCGACGCUACGUCGAGAGGGCGAAUGUCGGGCAUAUCUUAA